AUGAAGAUCAUCUUCGCCGCAGUCAUGAUAUGCAGCGUGUCAGCUGGUUUGCUUGCACCUGGACCAUAUGCUUACCCAGGCUUAGGUCACGUGGGCGCUCCAAUAGCGCCAUUUGCCAUUGCCAGGCCCGCUUUAGCCGUUGCCCGACCGGCUCUAGCUAUAGCUAGACCUGCUUAUGCAGCGGCUGCGGUAGAUGAUUACGACCCAAACCCUCAGUAUUCUUAUGCUUACGAUAUUCAAGAUGCCUUGACCGGUGAUUCCAAAAGCCAACACGAAACCCGGUCUGGCGACGUUGUUCAAGGCGCGUACUCCCUAGUAGAACCCGAUGGUACUCGUCGAGUUGUUGAGUACACAGCUGAUCCCCAAAACGGUUUCAACGCGGUUGUCCACAAAGAACCAGUAGGUGGCGUCGUUAAAGCAGUCGCUCCAGUCGCCGCUUACCACUAG